AUGAACAAAGAAGCACCAGCCGAAAACCGGCCAAAGUACAGAGCAGGACGAAAACCAACAGCAGUAAAAGUGUACACUGUGAACCAAGAGUCAAGAUAUUUAGUUGUUGAAAAUGUUCCAAGUAUUGGAGUGACCAAAGAGUUGUUGGAGCUGUUCGCGUUGUAUGGAACUGUCGAAGAAUAUCGAUACUUGGAUGAUUAUCCAUGCGAGGAAUUUACAGACGUCUAUUGGAUAAAAUACAGAUCUUUGGUUGAGUCUAGGGUAGCAAAACGAAAACUAGACGACCACGUUUUCUUUAGUUCACCACUUUCAGUUCGAUAUGGACCGGAAUACGAAUCAAUACAAGACACACGAGAAAAAUUGCAAGAUAGACGAACCGUGGUUGCAAUUAAAACACAAUCAUCGUCAUCUUCAAUACCAUCUUCAUCGACUACUGAGCAACGACAACAGCAAUUAAAAAGUACUAACAUCCAAACUCGUGAUAACACAAUAAAUAAUUAUUAUACUGCUACUGUUACUUCUCAGCCUCCUCUUCCACCUGAUCCACCACCACCUCCAAUAUUUCCACAACCAGAUCCUAAUGCAUACUAUAAUUUCCCACCUCAAGGUUAUUAUCCGUCGAGUUCACAGUAUUCUUCGUAUAUGAGUUAUAAGAGUAAUGAACCUCCAAUUCCAGGUAUUGGAUAUAUUGCAACUGCUCCUCCCUCUAGGCAUAAAGAGGAGUCGAGUAAUGAGCCAAUCUCUUCAACUGUUCUCAACAUUCGCGAAAAAAUCAAAGACGCGUCUUCAGUUAAUUUACCAUCUCAAACAAAUCAAAUUCGAUCAACGGAAACGAAUAUACCAACAACUUCUUCAUUGUCGUCUUCGGCAACAAAUACAACAAGAAUAGAUACAAAUACAAGUCCACCUGUGAAAAAACGUAAAAGAAUAUGA